AUGGCUUGCAGAGAAAGGAUCGUAAUUCCUCUGCAAAUUCCAAGUAAACUGCAAGAUCUGAUGUACGCUUUUCGUGAAUCCAAAGUGCUAUUUGCAGCAUGUGAUAUGGGUGUCUUCGAUAUCUUGCAAGAUUCCGAUGCCCCGCAGUCAGUUGAAGACAUUUCUUCAAAGAUGGGAUCUAACGUUGAUGCAACAGAGUGCCUAAUGAACACGUUGGUUGCAGUGGAAUUGCUAGAAAAGAAAAAGCAAGAUGGAUCGUGGCUGUAUUCCAAUAGCGUAAUAGCAAGGCAGUUCCUUACCAAAUCAAGUCCAGAUUCCCUCAUUGACUAUAUAAAGCACUCGAAUAAAGUCAUAUAUCCCCUCUUCAGUAACUUGGAGAAUGCAAUUCGCGAAGGAUCGAAUCAGUGGAUGAGAACCUUUGGCCAUUCUAAAGAAGAUGUCUGGAAAGACGAGUACAGCACGGAGGGUUCCUGUUUACAGUUUCUCAGGAUAGCAGAAGAAUUCUGGCUUAGGUUAUGUUGGGCUGAAUGGUUCCUUACAGGCAAAUUGUUAUUCAGUGUUUCUGAUAAGAAGUCAAUCAAUUACUUUGUGUCGGACUUGCGAAUAUAUUUUUCGCAACGGCAAAAGGAACUUUCAUACGCACAGCACGUGAACAAUACUUUUAAAGAUAUUUGUUUUGUUUUGUUUGUAUUUCUGGUUCGGAAUAAAGGUGGGCCAGGAACAAUGGCAUACACUUUAUGUCAGUACUACCCAAACAUGAAGAUCACAGUGUGCGACCUGCAGUCUGUCGUGGACUCUGCACGUCAUUUUCGUCCCUCGUUAAAAGAUUGCCCCAAUCAAGGAAACAUAUCUUAUGUAGUAGGGAAUUUCUUCCAAGAAGAUCUACCAAAGGCUGAGUUGUACAUAUUGUCCCGUAUUCUUCAUGAUUGGUCUGACGAGAAGGCUGACCUAAUACUUUCAAAUGUCUAUGAGUGUUUGCCUUCAGGUAAGAAAUGAUAUCCUGAGUUUUUCUUCCUGUGUAGAAAAUCAAAGGUCUUAAUCUAAUUCUGAUGCAAAAAGUGAAAAAAAAAAAAGAUCCAAAAAACAGCAAGAAAGGUGUAUAUCAAGACUCUGUGGUGUAACGGUAAGAUCAGUGGACUUAGUACAGUCCGGUUUGUUUAUACCAGUGAUAUGAUUGAUCUAGACAAACCCAAAACAAACUUCUGAUUGCAAAAUGUUGGCGAAAAAAACAGAAGUAAAAAUUUCAAGAGAGACAUCACUGGCCUAUUUAUUUCUGUAUUACUGUUUUACAAAUCUAAUUUUCAACAGACAUGCCAUCUCUAUUUCUCCACCCCGGUGUGUUUUCCUCGUACACGUAUUUUGCUAAUAGUGUUUUGUAAUCAAAUUCUAUCCAUUUCCGGUGAGAUAUCUAAAAGACAUCUUGUGGAAGGUAGCGACCAAUGAAAUAUCAUUUUCACUUCAUUCUCAUCCGCAACUCGAACAUGAAUGUUGAAGGAAAUUUCUCGUAUUUAAAGUGGUUCUUCGAGAAUUCUGGGAAACCACUAACCACCAGCUUUAACCGUCGGUUGUUUGUUUGCUUGAUUUGAACGGUGCCCUCUAGCUUUCUCCACACAAGGGCAGUCUUGUUCAUGAUGACAGGUCCACAAAAAAAGAUCGUUUAAGUCGAAAUAACGUUUUGAUCGUUUUUGAAUUUUCCCAGACUCGUUAAAGUACUCCUUUGCAUGUCGAGCAGACCUAUUUGUGGAAGGUGCGGAAAGACAAAUGCCUUCACACUUGCAGUUUUUGUACGGCAUGCGAAUUUUGAUAUUCCUUAGAUCAACCACAAAACCUGGAUAACUGAGGCUGAUCCAAGUCUGUGCGACUCUCAAAAAAAAAAAAAAAAAAAGAAAAAAAAAAAAAGAACAGAAAUUUGGCACUUGUUUUAAACUAAACCUGGCAUUUUGAUACCUUAUGCGGCCGUGUCCUUAUUAUUGAAAGGUUUCCGGAUGAAGACAAAAUUGGGCCUAAAAGUGCCUUAUAACUUCUCUAAAUAUACGUGUGCAAGUGACAACCACAAAAUCUGGAUAAUUGGGGUUGAUCCAAGUCUUUGCGACUCUCCAAAAAAAAAAAAAAAAAAAAAAAAAAAAAAAAAAGAACAGACAACUGGUACUUGUUUUAAAUUGAACCUUGCAUUUUGAUACCUUAGGCGGCCGUGUCCUUAUUGCUGAAAGGUUCCUGGAUGAAGACAAAAUUGGGCCUAAAAGUACUCUUUUAACUUCUCUAAAUAUGCUUGUGCAAGUGGAUGGCAAGGAACGAACACGAGAUGAAUACAGAAAGCUUUUAGAAAAGCAGGGAUUUGUCGAUAUUCAGGCAAAACAGCUUGACUCCUCUGAAGGGUCAGAUGCUAUUUUAUGUCGGAAGGCUUGA